AUCCCAAAGCUUCAUUGCGCCUAGGGCUACAGCCUUUGCGGCCUCUUUGGCUCCUCUCAGGAAUCUCUCUCUCUCCCCUCCCACACCCCUGCAUCCCCCCCGGCGGUUCCUUGGCAAUGGAGCCAGCCGAAGAGGCCGAGGGAGGGGCGCCUCAAGGAGAGCUCCAGGGAGAUCCAACUGAGAGAAAGCGGGAGUCUUUGGAGGAGAUGCUCUCGAGGCACAGGCAAGAAAUCGCCAAACUUCAAAACAAAGAAAUGAAUCUCAAAAAAGCAGCCGCUAAAGGCAGCAAAGCUGAACAGAAAGCCAAGAAGAAGCAAGUAGAGGAUGAGAUAUCUCGAUUGUUAUCCCAACUUAAAGCUAAGCACUCAGAGGAACUUGCUUCGUUAGGCUACAAAACCACUGACAGCUCAGAGAAGGGCAGUCUAGAUAGUUUGGUAAAAGCUAUAGCUGGUGUUUCUGUCACUAAUCACAGUGAAUCCACAAAGCCCAGCAAGGGAGCAAGGAGGCGUGGGAGAAGAGCUCAAGAAGCAGCAGCUAGAGAGCAGAGGAUACAGGAAGAACAAAGUAACAUCAUUAGCGAUCGUAUGAUUGAAAAUGAGAGUUUGGAGAGAAAGCUAGAGCCUCUUGGGUUGACAAUUAAGGAGAUCAAACCAGAUGGUCAUUGUUUAUACCGAGCUGUUGAAGACCAAUUAUCACUCCACUCCAGAAAUAUCUCACAGUAUAAUUACCAAGAGCUCCGAGAAAUGGCUGCUAAUUACAUGAGAGAACAUGCAUCAGACUUUCUCCCAUUUUUCCUAUCAGACAGUAAGAUCGAGAUGGAUUCAGAUAGCUCACCCAUAGAAAGAUUUGAGAAGUAUUGUGAAGAGGUUCGGACCACAGCAGCUUGGGGAGGACAGCUUGAGCUUGGUGCUCUUACACAUUGCCUCAACAAACAUAUUGUGAUAUAUGCAGGGUCUUUUCCUGAUGUGGAGAUGGGGAAGGAAUAUAUAUCUGAUACUGGAAGUAGUGCAAGCAAUUCAAGCAUCUUGUUAUCAUACCAUAGGCAUGCUUAUGGGCUUGGUGAGCACUACAAUUCAGUGGUUCCCUACGGAAAGGGAAAUGUGAAGCAAUAGAUCGGUUUAUACGAGAUAUUUGGAAAAAUGUUUGCGAGGCUUCUUCACAUACCCAACCGUGCAACUGAUUGAGUUUCAUGACAUGUACAUAUAGGUUAUAUAGACAUUUAAGAUGCCGUGGCAUUAAGAAUUAGACAUAUAGAUCACUUUUUAGAUUUGGAUUGUUAAAAUUAAAGGGAAAUGUUGCAUAACUUGCCGAAGUAUGGCAACAAUUCCCCCUGUAACCACCUCCAUGACUCUUCUCUGUUUACACGUGUAGUGCUAGACAAAAGAUCUUCACUAUUUGUCUGAACUUCUGUUGAAACCACCUCUCUGUUUUCUUAA